CGUCACUCAUCCCGAGCUCUCCCCAGCGCCCCCAACCUCAUUUCCUUCCAACAUCACCAACUAGUUCAUGACCAUGAACGCGUGCAAGAGAAUGUUGCCCGGCCUGCGCUCCGUCGCAACCAAGUCGGUAUUUGUCCCGGCGCGGAGCUUUUCGGUCUCUUCUCCCUUCAUGAGGGAGGCUGCUCCCACUCUGCCUACGAAGAAGCCCGUGGGCGCAUUUCGCGGAGGUCUCUUUGGGUUCCUUACUGGCGCGAUUGCUGCCAGCGCCGGAGUCUACUUCUAUAUCCUGGGCGAGUACAGGAUCGCGAACGAAAUGCUGACAGAAGAUAUCAUCGCUCUUCAAGGAGCUACACAAAAGCUGCAGACGUACAUUGGGGAACUAGAAAGGAAGGUCGACCAGUUGCAGAAGAAGAAAUAGGCUUGAACAUUCUCAUUUGAUGCGGAACUUAUUACCCUGUUCAUUCAAUCCUUUCAUUUGUUCACUCUGUCACAGCUAGUCCGGGCAUUCAUAUUCCCAUUUCUGUUUUACCGCUCAAGUUCAUCUUCGGGUCUUAGCAUCAAUCAUGUUUCUUAGUUCAAAUUGCAGGGUCUGGCACGGGUGAGCGCCAGGAGUGAAACAGCGACGGAGGGUCGCGUAAUGAACCAACAGCCCUGUAUACGAAAAGGAUUUACCUAUGUGUACACUAAUAUUUGCCAUGAAUAUCUUCC